UUAUAGUGCAAGUUCAGAGUUUUCAGGUAUCACACACGAUGCUACAGCUUUUGUUGGUUGCGUUGCUGGCAAGGUUGGUAAGCCUAAGUUGUUACAGAAAGUACCAGUACAGUUUACAUGUUAAAGAAUUAAGUUGAAUGUAUUAUAUUACCAAUUUCCAAGGUUAUUGACUACACUGCUUAUAUUGUUUUAGUGUUGUGCAUGUUUUGGCCCCAAAGGUGGAAGAGGGCAUUAUUGCAGCAGAAAUUGUAAAGCUGUCAAUGGUGGUACUAUCAUAACUGGCAAGGUUUACGUUUGGUUCUGGAUACGAACACGAAUGCCGAAACGAUUGUGGAAAAGAUGUAUGGAAUUUAAGAUGAAGACAGAAGCUGGGAAAUCUGAAUCUUAUUAUAUUGAUAGAGCAACUGGUACUGCCCAUAAGGUAUUGUUUACUAGUAACAGACACUUUCUGGAUUUGCAUGUUUGUUAUAAAUGGCAUCAUGUCGGAAAAGUACCAAUUGGAAGCGUCUAUUUAUCCAAAAACGAAAUAAGUAAUAGAAUUAGGUCAAAAAAUAUCAAAACGUAUUGAUACGAAAAUUUGUGGGACUAAUGUGCAUUGCCCAAGGACAAAUUGAUUAAAUUGGGGGUUAAAUUUGGAUCAAAAUUGUCUUACUUUGCCGGGCAGAAUUACACUGCAUGAUAACUAGCCCAUUGUAUAAUACACGACAGUUUAACUUAAUUUACUGGCGUAAGUAUGCUGCAGUCUCGUGAGAUUCAUGAAAUUUUAAAAAAAUAUAUUUUUAAGAACUACGAAAUUCGUUCUUUUACAGGGUACAUGUUCUAAACAAUUUCAGGCAUUCCUUAAUGAAGGUGUAAGUAUACUGUAUCAAUAUGGCAUUUUUUAAUACUUUUAUCUUUCGAAAUCGUACGUUGGAAAUUACCAUACUUCAAUCUGAAAUUUACUUUCUUCAAUAAUAUUAGCUUACCGCAUAUUUUAACCAAAACAAAACCAACAAAACCCUCAUUCAAUCUCUUUCAGACACUCGUAGUUAAAAACAAAGAAAGCCUCAACAACAUUCCACCACUACCAGGAUUGCUCUCAUAUCGUGAGGAUAACGAAAAACUUUAUGUGAAGAAAGGAAAUAAAUGGGAUGCUUUUGGCAGUGAAAAUGAG